AUUAUUCUGCGUUCAAACGAAAAGAUGACCGAUUAUAGCUGCAUUUUACCAUUAAAAUUAUUUUUUUGAAUGAAUUUUAAAUAUACUAUUUAUCAUUCAAAAAUAAGGAUUAUCAUGAGUAUUGUAUUUGAAUCUGAGAACGGAUGGAUAAUAUCUCAUCUUGAUUACUUGCAUAGCAUUUACCAACAAGUUGAAGAUGAUCAAAAACUCAUCAAACUAGAGUUCAAUGAUCAAUUUUUCAAGGUUAAUUCUCAAUAUUUUCAGCACAGUCAAACAAAUGGAUGCAAAGAUAAUGUAAAAAUCAAUAUAAGUUCAAUACAUAAAAGAAACAAGAGAAAAAACAUAUCCACUUUACCUCAAAAUAAGCUAGAACAGAAUAAUUUUGUCAAAGUAACCAGUGAAAAAAUUAUCAAAGCUGCAAGAAAUUUUAAUUUAUUUACAAAUGUAGUCCUAGAAGACAACAAUGAGGAAUCUAGAAGAGUAUCGAAAAAUUUUUACUCUGGUACAUUAGGCCUCAUUUGCAAUUAUCAAGGUUACAAUAAAAAGGAAAAAGCAGUUAUUGCCAAAUUAAAAAAUGAAAAGUAUGUUUUUCCAAGGUGUUGUCAAUUUUUUUGCAAAGAUAUUAAGCAAAUAAGUGAAAAGGUUGAUGUCAUUGGUGAUUAUAAUUUGAUACUCAUGGAUCCACCAUGGUGGAAUAAAUCAAUAAGAAGAAAAAAAAUAAAGUUUGAAAAUAGCAGCUACAAAAUGUUAUACAACGAAGAACUUGCCAAAAUUCCUAUUAAAAAUCUAUUGAAUUCCAAUAGUAUCGUUGCUAUUUGGUGUACAAAUUCUUCCAGUAAUGAGAAAAGUAUUUUAGAAGAAAUAUUUCCAUCUUGGGGUCUAACUUUUCAAGCAAAAUGGUUUUGGUUGAAGAUUACACAAAAUGGUUAUCCUAUCUGCGAUUUUAAUGAUAGCCAUGGUAAACAGCCAUAUGAGCAAAUAAUAUUUGGCUCAACAGCGUCCAACAAAAAUCAGAAUAUACCUGAUAAAAAAAUUUUAAUUAGUAUUCCAAGUGCUGCACAUUCCCAUAAACCUCCUUUAACUGAAGUCUUGAAACCAUAUUUGCCAAGGGAUCCAAAGUGUAUGGAAAUCUUUGCCCGAUACCUUUUACCAGAAUGGACAAGUUGGGGCUUGGAAGUUUUGAAAUUUCAACACUUAUCUCUUUUUUCUUUAGCCCAAUCAGAGAGUAAAAGGGAGGAGAGCAAUGUUGAAUUGAAAUUAAGCAAAAGCUAAAAAUACAGAUGAACGUAUAUUUUGUAAGGUGAUUGUACAUCAUUUAAUAUUAUACUGACACAUGGAGAAUUUGAGUUUUGCAAAAAAAAAUCAUGACAAAAUGGAAUUGCCAUUCUUGUAUGGAGCUCUGUAUCCAUUUGGAUUCAUCGUUUGCCACCUCCAGAAAUCUAUACCUGUAAGAUGGAAAAUGAAGCAAGUAGCGGUUGGCCUCAUGGUUGGUCAAUGAUGAAAAAAAGGAAAUAAUAAAUUUGA